AUGGGUGUUCGCCAAACAUCCACCCUGGAUUCCAGAGAGCACAGUUCAAGAAUGCUACCAAGGCAUAAACCAACCAGUGUCAGUGAAAGUAGAGGCGGGUGGUUCUGGUUACUGGGCGUUAAAAGGCGCGUAACUAAUCCACUUUGGCUGAGCCCAGCCCAUGCGGAAAAGGAAGCCCUGGCGGCGGCGGCGGCGGCGCCUUUCCUCACCUACCUGCAGACCCGCUUCCUUAAGGAACCACCUAGCGAUCCUCCUUCAGGGGGGGACACUGUUUCUCCACCCCACGCCUUGCUCCUGCGGGGUGCAAGGUCCACAGACGGGCGAGAGGUCGGGCGCCCCGUCCCCGUUCCAGGACCUCUUCUGGCCGCCGAGGGUCCCUCACGCAGGCAGCCGCCCAGCCCGCCCCGUCCCCGUCGCAAGAGCAGCCUCCCGCAUCUGCCCCAAGCCCGGGAGCGCUGCUACGAUCCCGGGCAGGCGCGUCCUCUUGAGGCGCCGGGGCGGGCUGUGAAGGGAGGCGAGGAGAAAAGGCAAACGCCGAGUAACGAGGAGCCGCUACGUCGAGGGAGAGGCCGGUCCUCCUCCUGGCGCGCUUCUUCCGCGCGGUGCGGGGCUGCGGUGCCGACGCCUCCCUCCCCGGGGGAGUUGCUUUUCCCGCCUCUCCCCGGAGGCGCGAGUGGACGGGUGGGGAUCCUUCCCGGGGAGCUGAAAUCCCAUCCAGGAAGGCGGCAGAAACCCGAAGGCGAGCGGCUGGCCGAGCGGAGAGCGGGAAAAGAGUGCGGCGCCAGGCUCAGGCGGGCUCCCCUUCUCCCUCUUCUCCCGCUCGCUUCACUCCACUCCUUUCUUCGGGCUGGGGAGAGAGCGCCUGCUGGCAGAGGCGGGAAAAAGGCAGCCGCCUCCAAAUGCUGGCCUCUGUCUCCCUCCAGCGUUUGUCUUCUUCUUUGGCGAUCACUCGACAGUCAGUUCAAAUGCCAUGAACACCACAUGGAGAACACUGAAAAUGCUUCUUUGUGGAGACAGUUCAGCUUGCCAGAUGGAUCUGCCCGGUCAACUGGAGUUCUUCCACAUCCUUCCCAGUGGUCGGAUCCAGUUGUUCUGCCGCAAGUGAGGAGUGCGAAGGUGUGCCGUAUGCAAAUAGAGUACCGACUUCAGUUUCUGCUGAAGUCUUCAGAUUAACUUUCCAUCCACUUCUGGGCUUAUUCCAGCUACAUAAAGGCAACCCAAUGCCAUCUGGCUACAACAGAUGUGCCAGAAAAAAAUGAAAAGUAAUGGGCCAAGAGUACAGAACCCAUCAGUAGAU